UUCCUUAUCCCAUCAUCAUAAUUUCAACUCAACAUGUCUAGAAUGGCUUGAUUCUGAUUUCACUCCUUCAGAGGCUCUUGAUUUUGUUUUCAGCUAUCUAAAACCGACUGUUGACUUGGUUGCCUGCCGGCGUCCCAAGGUUGAAGUUUCGUUCAUGAACGGGUUGGCAUUGCGAAGAGCAUAGAACAAUGCCUUCGGUGCCAAUUGAUUUCUUGCUAUGCCCUUGGAUACCUUCUUUGACCAUUUUCCAUGGUGGAUCCUCUUACCGUCUGAAACAUCUUGAAAAAGAUGGUCGGCGUGUUAAUCUUAGUCAUCAGUUGGAAACUCUUGUCAUUCCUUUCAAUUUCUAUCAAGGUUCUUUUUAAGAGAUAUCUGUUUCGUUCUCAUCUCAUCUCGACGCUUGUUGGUAUAAGAAAGACUUCGUGAUCUUCCUGAAAUCGUGUUAGCUUCAAAAGUUGUGGAAAUUUGCUUGUGUUAAUUCCUGUUCUAAGAGCCUUGUUGCAUUGGAAGUCGUCGCUAAGGUACUUUUGUAUAAGUGUACACUAAGAAAUCUUCUAAAAUUUGUGCAUCAUUCAAAUUCACAAUACUCCUUUUUAAAACAAGUCUGUGCAAUCAUAUUUGUCUAUUUGAACUUGAGCACGGUUCAAACUAUUGGGGGAAGACAGCCACAGCCGCAACCCUUAGUCUAAUUGCUGGGACCUUUUUUUCUAUCUUCUUUCUUAAGAUUUUGGUGCUGAUUUGUCAUACAUGUUACUCUUUUGCAUAUGUUGUUCUCCAUAGAAUCAUUGGUCACAUGUAUUUUGAUGAUAGAGGAAGAUAGGAAUAUAGGAUUCUUCUGCUAAACUCAACCUAUAAUUUUCAAACAUGAAUAUUGCUUUCCACAUUUUUACGUUACCGAAUAGCUGGUCACCGUUCAUUACAACUGAUAUUUCCACCAAGAUGCUGGUUAUGCCUUUUCGUACAUGCUCUUCUGUUUGUAUCAUUAGUCAUGGAGAGAUUGAUCUUUGGAGUUCAAAUCUUAUAAUGCCAUGAUGCUGGUAGUUGUCUUUUCUAUGUCACCAUAUUUUUACUCUUUGUCCACCGUCUUUGUACACAAAUAGCAUUUUAUUUACUAAUUUCUUCACCUUAGGUUCUCUGAUGGCUUCUUCAUAUCUUGUUAACAAUUUUUUUUUAAUGUACAUUUAUAGAAGUUUUAUUUAAUUAUCUAUUUAUCUAUCUUGAAAAUAUUUCUUUACUUUUGUCUUUUAGUACCUGAUUAAAUCGUUUGAUAUGUACUCUCCCGCCAAUACCGAGCAUGACAUAAGUAAUCUAGAAAGUACUUUUAGCAAAUCAUUUCACAUUGAGGAUGCUGAGAAAUCAGACCACUCGUCUGUGGGGGAUGAUUAUUGUAAUACGGGGGAGGGAGGUCUUAUGCAGCAGGAAACGGAUAUGGAUAAGACUUGCUUGACGAGGUCUGCAAACACGAGUUAUUCUGAUCAGACGUUACCACCAAGCUCUUCUGACGAGGAAUUGGUCAUGAAUGACGUGAUUCAAGCCGAUAUAGCAAAGACCGAUUUGAAGCCUGUUUCUGUGAUGAAAGGCAGCCGUGAGAAACAAGGAGGACCACGGACAAAACUGACCGUAAAAUGGGCCCCUGAUGUGUAUGAUCCGCUACCAAGAUCAGCUUUGCUCUCUGUUAGAAGCAAGAGACAGCAUAAAUCCAGGGGCAAGAAGAGAGAGAAGAAGAAUGGAAAGGGUCAGAAGAGCACUUAUUCUUCUCGUGAUGAAUUGAUUGGAACAUCUACCGAACUGGAUGCUUUAGAUUCCCACCAGGAUCCUUUCUGUGGAACUAGAUUCUUCAGAAAAUCAGUUACGCUAGAGCAUUUCUAGGUAGCAGAGGCCUAAUGAGCGUGUUAUUAAUGGUUUUUCCUUUUUAGCUCCUUUCGUCUGUCCCUUUACUACUGGAUUGCAUGACUCAAUGUGGCUCUGGCUACUGAACACAGAACUUCUCAAGGCUCGAGCAGCCAAAACAUAUUUUUGUUGUGUCAAGCAUAUUUGUUUGUAUGACCCGCUUUGUUGAACACGGCACCAUGACAGGAUUUAAGCGUCUUGCGUUAAUGCGCAUUCUCUUU